UCCUGCACGCUAAUAUACAUUAUACUGAAAAUUUUUUUUAUUUGGAUCGUAUUUAGUUCGAAUUUCAUAAUUUAUUUUAAUUUAUAUGUUAUGUGUUUGUAAACUUGUUCGUACAUUACUGUACAACAUAGUUUUGUUUGUUAUGGUUCCACUUAUUUACUGUAAUUGAUUACUUGUGUUGCCAGUAUAACAUUGCAGUAAAAGAAAAUGGGUGUUGAUAAGCUUUUGGAAUAUCUAGACAGUGGUAAAAUAGAAGGCAGCUGUGUCAAUGUUAAUCUUACUCAAUUGGGACAUACUGUAUCUCAACAACUUGCUAAAAAAAUGGUUAUUAGAAAGGUUCAUCCUAAUUUAAAUCAGAUGCAAGUAUCGAAAGCUCAAUUUUGUUUAUUGGUGGAUGCAGAAUGUUGUUUAGAUCGCUUGUAUGGAGGAUAUUAUUCAGAUUGGGUUUGUGGUGGUCAAUGGAAUCGAAUGGUAUCGUUUUUAACAAAUUUUGUUAAUAGUUUACGACAAUCAAAUGUUCAUGUUGUUGUAUUCUUCAAUGGUGCUUUUGAAGAAGAUCGUUUUAAUGAAUGGGUUCAAAAACAAGAAGAGACUCGUAAUAGAGCUAAUGCUGUCCUAAGACAUAUUGCUGCCAAAGGAACACCACCACCUAAAGUAUGGUGGAUACCUCCUGUUUGUUUACGAACUGCUGUGAAGCUAUACUUUCACCAUCUAAAAAUACCAGUGGUGUGCUCAGUUAAAGACCACCAUUUAGAGUUUAUUAGAUACUGUAGACAGCAUAAAUUCCAUGGCUUAAUGGCAGAUGAUGCUGAAUACUUAGCAUUUGAUCCACCUCGGUUUUUCUCAGCUCACUCACUCAAACUUACAAUGCGGCAGACAUUAGAAGCUAAAGAAUAUAUUGUCUCUCAAUUAAUUGAAGAUUUAAAACUGACCAAAGACAAAUUAUGUACUCUUUUAUCACUUUUAGGAAAUUUUGUGUUGCCCCAACAUGAACUUUUUGAUUACUACAAACGUUGUGGUAUUAAUCAAGUUAUUUCUAAGGUUUCUGGUGAGGAGGUCGUUAAAAAAAUAGUAGAUUCUCUUCAAGGAUUACCUCCUAUUAAAAACAACUUGGAUGAAAUAGCAAUACAUAUACUUGGACAUAAAGAUGAUAAACGUGUACCAAAAUUAGUUAAAAGCAUACAAUAUUAUUUAGAUGGUGCCAAAGAUAAUAUAGUUAAAAACAAAAGUAAAACCCUAGAAAAGAACAAAAACAUUCAUGACAAAAUUGAUAUAUUUGGACCAAUAGUUGAAAUAAACGAUUUUAAAAAAUUGGGUUCCGAAAAUCUCAAUACUCAGUUGGAUAAUUUGUUGUUGUUUGAUGAUAACUCUGAAUCUGGUUCUAAUACAUGUGUCAACACUCAAACACCUUCAUCGAAUCAGCUAUCUCCAAAUAAAUCUGUUGAGUUCCAAAUUCCCGAAGUUUCUGUUGAUAUAGUAAAUACAGCAUAUGAACGGCAUACAUCUGGUCUGAUGUCUACUUAUUUGUAUCAUAUUUUAACAAAAGCCGAAAUAAAAUUACCUGUUGUCCUAGAAGAUGAAAUGAAUCAUGAAAUUCCAAACAUUCAUUUAUUUUAUAGACAAGCUCGUCAAAUGGUUUAUGGUAUUUUAUUUAAUCUUCAUCAUGCACAUUAUUUAGCAAAAUCAAGUAACGGUCAAAAAGUGGAGUUGCCAAUAAUUCAAGUACGUGAAUGGAUUAGAGAUAAAACUAAUUUGUAUAAACGAUACCAUUUAGUAAAAGCUGAACCUUUAGGGUGGGGAGUUCCUACUGUCCAUAGACUUUGGUUUGGAACAACUCCAGAAGACAACAUAAGACGUUUGAGGGCUUUUCUCACUUGUAUGCGUUCAGAUACUCCUCUUAUGUACAACACAGACUAUGUUCCUCAGCAUACAUUAAUCAUUGCAUCUGUCCUUAGAUACAUUAUGACUUUUACAGAAGUACCUAUUCUACAAAAGUAUGAACUUGAUGCAUUUAUUAUAACAGCUGUUGCACCUGAACUAUCAAAAAAUGAAAACACUCAGGAAUUACAAGGUACUGUUAGUGUGAGAGGUGUACAAUUAGCAACACUUCUUAUGUGCGGUAUUGAAACUGCUAUGUUGGUCAAUGAUUCUUGUGGUGCACCUGUACCAUGGUUAAUGUCAUGUCCAUGGAUGUAUUUUGAUGGAAGGUUAUUCCAAUAUCAUCUAGCUAGAGCAUCAACUGCAAAUAAGCUAGAAGAUUUGUGUGAAAAUCAUUUUUCAUUGACAAUUAAAGUUGAAAAAAUGAGACAAGCUAUUUUAGAAGGAUUAAAUGAACACUUUCAAUCAGUUCCACCAUUUCAAGGGUCAUUCUUGGAUACAAUAUUUAAUCAAAGAAGAAUGAUUCCUCCCCAAAAAAUGAGCUCUAAUGUGGCUCAUGCUAGUAUAUCAUACCAGCAGCAACAAAGGCUGAGUAGAUUAGUAAAUCAAAAUCCUAGUCAGUUUCGAGAUAUACAACAAAAUAGUCGGCAAAGAGGGAUUAUGAAACAAUCAUCUGGUGGCCAAUUAGAAGUUGCCGGAGCUGUUGUAGGUAUCUGGGGUGCAAAUUAUAGUAUGGCUGCUACUGGAAACCCUUACAUGGCUCGUGGUAAUAUGCUACCAUCUCAACAUGUAAUGCCUCCAAUCGGUGGUCCAAAUUCUUUAUAUCAACGUGAUCUCAUGCCAAGACCCGUAUUUAAUACACGGAAUUGUUCAAAAUCUGUUCGAGGACGUAGUAAUGUUCAAAAAAUACACAAUAAUAAAAAAAAGAUCACUCAUAAUAUUGUGAAAAAAGAUAAUAUCAUCAAAAAGACCCCUUCUAAAGGGCGCGGUAUAUCUACAAUAACUCCAAACACUGGUGAAACAAUUUUAACUUCUAAACUUAUAGAAGAAUCCAAAUUGUCAAUAUUAAAUAAAGAAAAUGAAGAUAUAAAAACAAAUUGUAUUGUACAAAGCAUUUUGCCUUUAGUGAAUGGUAAUUCAUCAGUUGAAGAACAAUUUAAAAAUACUACUCCAAAUGAAAAUGGUGUGUCUGGUUCUUUAUCAGAAAGUACAUCCAAAAUCAUUCAAAAACCUGCGUUGGAGGUUGAAAAUUGAAUUAUUGAAAUAAAUUUGUUCAUAUGGCCUUACCUUAUAAGUUAUCCAGAACUCAAGUUUUAUUCAUGUAAAUACUAUUGCAAACGAAAGACGUUGAAAUAUGUGAAGAACGAUGCUAAAUGUUAGUCAUUUUUAUUAAUUUUUACAUAUUGUUUUUUUUUUUUUUUUUAUGUAGUUUUUAUUCUUUAUUUUGUAAAUUAUUAACAUUUUGUUAUCUGAAGGCGCCCACGGAUUAAAUUACAUUAUCCGAUUUGUGAACAUCGAAAGACUGAUAUUUAAAGUGUUGUCACAAACAUAUCAUUGUCUGGUAAUUGUUUGUGCAGCCAUGGUGAUAAUAAUUAGUUAUUAACGUUACUAUAUUUUUAAAUCAAAUGAAAAAAUAAUAUGAAUCGUUAUCCUUUGACUGCUGUCCAAAAGUAUUAUUGUCGCGGUAAUUGUUUUUAAUCAUAUUUUUCUAAUUUGUUAACCCAAAUACUUUUAUAAUUUCUUAAUACUUAAUAUGAU